AACCCUUCUUUGUCUCUGAAGCAUACACUGCUAUGGCUUCGACCACCAAAGAGGUCCUCACCGAUCUGUCCCCCGUCAUCAAAGUUUACACCGACGGCACUGUCGAGCGCCUUUUCGGCUCGCCUCACGUUCCUCCGUCCCCGGAAGACCCCACCACCGGCGUCUCUUCCAAAGACGUCUCCAUCUCGCCGGCCGUAUCCGCCAGACUCUACCUCCCCAAACUCACUCACCCCACUCAAAAGCUCCCCAUCUUAGUCUACUACCACAGCGGCGCAUUCUGCCUAGAAUCCGCCUUCUCUUUUUUCCACCACCGCUACAUCAACCUGUUAUCUGCCGAAGCCGAAGCUCUGGUCGUCUCUGUCGAGUACCGUCAGGCUCCCGAACACCCUCUACCGGCGGCAUAUGAGGAUUCCUGGGACGCCCUCCAAUGGGUCUGCUCCCACGUUCUUGACCAAACCCUUCUCGAGAAAGAUCAAUGGAUCACUGACCACGGUGAUUUCACCCGUGUUUUCAUCGGCGGCGACAGCGCCGGUGGGAACAUAGCCCACAACAUUGCGUUGCGAGCUGGGUCGGAGUCUUUACCCGGAAACGUGAAAAUCAUUGGCGGAAUUCUUUCACAUCCUUACUUCUGGGGCUCCAAUCCCAUCGGAAACGAACCAAAAGUAGAUAUAGAGGAGAAUUUCAUGUACAGGUUGUGGUUAUUCGUAUAUCCGUUCUCUCCCGGUGGGAUUGAUAAUCCAUUGAUCAAUCCCCUGGCUAAGGGAGCUCCAAGUUUAUCCGGCCUUGGAUGCUCCAAGAUCUUAGUCUGUUUGGCAGAGAAGGAUCAGUUAACGGCGAGGGGGCUAGUUUACGUAGAGGAAGUGAAGAAAAGUGGGUGGAAAGGUGAAGUAGAGGUAACGGUGGUUGAAGGAGAGGAUCAUUGCUUUCAUAUAUAUGAUCCUGAAACUCAGACGCCCUCCGCCAAGAAUCUCAUCAGGCGUUUGGCUUCUUUCAUUUCCCACUGAAAUUUAUGAUUUUUUCCUUUGAUCUCUUGUUUGUUGAGUAUGAGCAGGUUUUAUUUAUAUGUAUCCAGUGAAAAAUAAAUAAAUAAAUAAUGUAAAUGAAAUUAUACGAAGAAGUUUUAUUUCAGUGACAUGCAUGAUAUGAUUCAUGCAAUCGAGA